AGAUAUGAAGAAUAUAGAAUAUUUUAAAAAAAAUGAAAUAGACAAAACUAAUAAAGAAAAUAAGAAAAAUAGUAAAAAUAAAAAUAGAUAUUUUGAAAAGAGAAAAAUAGAUAAAACUGAUAAAGAAAAUGAGAAGAAUAGUAAAAAUAAAGAUAGUGAAAAUUACAAAUUAAAAAAUAAAGAGAAAGAUUUGCAUGAAGAUAAAAAGAAUAAAGAAGAAGAGAAUGAAGAAAAUAAAGAGAAUGAAGAUAGUUUAUUGAACCUUUUUUCUUAUUAG